AUGGCCUCUGGGUCAAAUUCUCAAGUUGUAGAUUUAGAAGAUGAUGUUGAAGAGAGUAUCACCGAUGAAAUAAUAAAGGAAGGGGUUUCGUCUUUAAAAUCAGCUUUCAUGUCUCAGCAUUUUGCUGAAGUUGAAAGACUUUUGGUGUCCAUGAAAGAAAAAAUGGUGCUUGAGAAUAAGUCAUUGAAGAAAGAUAAGGAAUUGAUGGAAGGAAAGGCUCGGAAUGAGAGAUUGGAGAGAUUGAUAGCUGAGACUGAGCUGAAGGAGUGUAAAAGAGAGUGUUUGCAGUUGAAGAAAGAGCUAGAAGGGUUUAAUGAGUUAUUGAAGAGUGGCGGAGAGGAUAAGAGGAUAAUUAGGGAGCUCAGAGAGGAAAUUUGUGAGUUGAAGUGUGCAAAAUUGAAGGCAGAGACUGAAGUUGAUGCAUACAAGAGUAAGUUUGAGGAACUGGGGAUGAGGGUCUUCCUUUUAGAGAAGGAUCUGAAGCUGUUGACUUCUGAAGAGCCUGUAAAUAAUGUUGGGGUUUCUAAGGGGGUUGUGGAAGAAAAGGUUUUGGAUGAGAAUGUUGUUACUGUGAAAACUGAGGUGCUUUGCAGUAAUUCAAAUUAUAAUAUUGUUGUUAAGGCAAAUGGUGGUCCUAGGUCUCACUCACCAGAGAGCAGAAAAGGUGAUGUGGGGGUUCCAGGUUCGGUUUCUGGUGAGUGUUUGGGAGAGACGGCUGUGAAGGAAAAUGGAAACGGCAGUGAAAGGGUUGUUGAUGUGAAAGUUGAGACGGUUGCUGCUGAUAAUCAUGAGAACAUGGUUUUAGUGGCAAAUGGAGGUUCUAGGAGCAACUUGCCGGAGAAUGGAGUUGGACACGUUGUUGGUACAGAGAUUAGUGACAUUGAUGAUGACUCUUCUUCGAAUGCAACUUUGAGUACAAAAAAAUUGGCCAAGCAAGGAUGCCAGCUUGAAGCAGAUUUAGGUCUGGAAGAUGUCAGCAACAAGACUAAACUGCUUAAAAGAAAACGAACCUCUUGUUCAAAUUCUGAGGAUGAUAUUGGUGGUAGCAACGAGCCCAGGGAAACAAAAUAUCAAAUGUUGAUUCAAGGCCCUGAAAGUGUUCCUGUCAAUCAUUGUGCAGCAGCAACCAUGUUUUCUGGAAGUACUGACAGAAGAAAUGUUUUUAAUCCAUCAAGGCAAACUCCAACAAUUUUGAGACAAUGUGAGGAGAAAACUAGGGUCGGGCAGAAUUCCCAAAUACAGUGGAUUGAGCAUGUUUUGGAUGGGUUUGUUGGUUCUGACGGUGAGGAGAGUUCCAGCUCCUCUGAGUCGGACGAUUUUGAUUUACUUAGUGACAUAUCUGCCACAAUAAAACCAGCACAAGUGAAUAGAAACCAUAAGAAAUGGAAAUCUGAAGCAGACUUGAUUGCUGCUCUAGAGCAAGAAGUAGAACUUUGUUUAAGGGCUGUUUGUGCUCUGUUCGGACAGCAGGAUGCUGUGGAGAAAUCAUCGAACUUCUCUUCAACUUUCCAAAAUCAAGUAUUUGACAAGGUUGAUGCAGCCAGAGAGGAAAGGAAGUGGGUUUGUGGAUUGAAAUUUGAGUUGAAUGUAGAAAUUAAGGCAUAUAUAGGUGAUGCUUUGUUGGUUAGAAGUGAAGAUGAGGCGGUCUGGUGGGGCACUGCUUUGGCUCAGCUUCUCAUCGACGGGGAUCCCCGAGGGAAGCUGAAGAAAUCAGGUUUUGAGCUGGUUCUAGAUGAUGCAAAAGGCUUCUUCGAUUGCAGGAGACUGGCCAUCAAGUACUCUAAGCAAUUAUUUGAGAUGUACCAGCUGAAAGGGGAUCCUCUUUUCUGA